AUGAAGAGAUUCAUAUUCUUCUGUGUGUUGUCCUGUUUUGCUCUGGUAGAUACUCAGUUACCUACAGGAAGUGAGUGCCAACAUACUGAUGGCUCUGCUGCUUUCUCUGGGGAACUGUGCAUUUUCACCAACCAGCAUGGAAACAGCAGUGAAAAGAAACAAGGUUCCUCCUGUGAAAAGUGUGAUUUUGAAACUGAUCUAUGCGAAGCUCUUAAUGAAUUGAAUUUGCAGCCUGGGUGGAUAAGAAGAAAUGGUCGAUCUGGCAUGGGACCACCAUACUCUGACCACAAUGGGAAUGACAGUGCUUAUUUCCUCUCAUUGUCUUCUAAAAUGCAAGACUCUUCUGCAACUUUAAGGACCAAUGUUUUCCUUCCAACUGACGAUGAACACAUUUGUCAGAUUACAUUUCAUUAUUGGAUCAGUCAAAGGAGUGGAACAUUGAUAGUGGGGCUUCGAAAGCACUCUGAAGAUACAAUUACUAACAUCUGGCAAGAUUCGGGAGAAUUGUGGAAUCAGUGGAAAGCAAACACCAUCAUGAUCAAUACCACUGAAAAGUAUGAGGUUAUAUUUUGGGGGAUGGUGGGCACCCAGAGACAAGAUGCAACUGUUGCCAUUGAUGAUAUCACCUUCAGUGAAGGAUGUUCUCUGGCAAGUGCUCUGCAGACUUCUGAUUUUGAGCUUGACAUGUGCGCGUGGCAAUUAGAUCAGGCAGCUGAACCUGCUAUGUGGGCACGACUGCAAGCCAGACACAAGAUUGCCUCCUGUUCCUUCCUGAAAGAUUGGAGCAACAAUACUGAAGGCCAUUUUGAGUGGUUAGAAGCUAAUGACAAUGCAUUAUAUAAAAGUGCUUAUCUUAACAGCUCCAUGUGUCAUUGUUCCAGCAAGAAUUGCCAUUUUCAGUUUCAUUACUCCAUGGCAGAUAGCAGCGUUCUCAAAGUGGUACUAUUUACUAAUCAGGAGGAACGUGUCUUGUGGGAAACCAACACCAUGACUAAGAAGGAAUGGGUCCAAGUGGAUAUACAGCUACCAACAGAACUAGAAAAACUGAAGCUUAUGUUUAAAGGAACACUCCAGAACAGGGCAAGUUUCAUCUGUCUGAAUAACAUCCAGCUCUUGGACACUACACCAUCAGAGCCACAAGGUUUUUGCUCCGUAGAAGAAUUCAUCUGUGCUGAUGGACAGUUGACAGAGCCUGGAUCAGCCUGUGACUCUCACCCAGAUUGUUCAGAUGGCAGCGACGAGGGUCCUGCAGCCUGCUCUAAUUACACUAUAUGUGAUUUUGAGACUGACCUCUGUGGAUGGAAGCCACUAAGCAUAGGUGAUGCCAACUGGAACGUAACGAAAGAGCAGGCUCCUCCUGACAGGAGACUCCCUGGCAGAGGUCAUACAACUGAUAUUGGACAUGGAGCAUUCAUUUACUUCAGUGGAUCACAUCAGAUGAACACAAAGAUGUCCAUGUCUCAUCUGGGGAGUCCUCUCCUUGUCAAGCUGUCUCCUGGACUUUCUUGCUGUCAGGUAAGGUUUUGGUACCGGUUAUCUCAGGAUUCACAGCUUUCUGUCUUUAAGAGAACUGCACUGGAUGGAAGUUUGGAAAAAUUGCAUGACAUUUCAGGAUUGCCUGAGAUGCAGUGGACAAAAGUGAAUAUACCUGUAGAAAGUGCAGCUGAGGAAUUACCUUUUCAGAUUAUUUUACAAGCUACUGUUCUUACAGCAAAUGCUACUGUUGCUGUUGAUGACAUCAGUAUAACAAAGGAAUGUGGAGUCGUGAAUAAACCUCUUCCAGGUGCCAGUCAGAAAAGUGAAGGGAAAACAGAAUUUGCUGAUGCUAAUUAUUCAUCUUUUUACUGUCCACUGGGGUAUUUUUCGUGUGGGAAUGGACAAUGUAUUUCAUUUGAGAAAUUUUGUGAUUUUACACUUGACUGUUCAAAUAACCGUGACGAAGCCAUGUGCCCUGCUGUAUGUGACUUUGAAAGAGAUAACUGUGGUUGGAUUGAAACUGCAGGUGCAGAUGGAUUUGACUGGGUGAGAAGUUCCAGUAGUGCUCUUGUCCCUGAUUUUCAGAAGCAAGCUCCUCUGUGGGAUCACACCUACAACACAUCUGAAGGUCAUUUUAUGUUCAUUCUGGAAAACAGCAGCAGCAUUUCACAAGUAGCUGGGCUAGGAAGCCCGAAGUUCAGGCAAGCUGGAUCAAAUUGCACAUUGUCCUUUUGGUAUUACAACUACGGACAGUCAGUUGGAGCAGCAGAGAUGCAUUUGAUUGUGGAUGGGCUGGAAGAUCCUACUGUCCUUUGGAGGGCAUAUUACAACGAGGGAAAUCAGUGGUUGAAGGCAGUCAUUCAGCUUGGACGCCUUCCACAUCCUUUCCAAUUAUCACUUGUUAAAAUCAGUCUGGGUUUUUUUGAUGGUAUCUCAGCGAUUGAUGAUAUUAUGUUUGAAAACUGUGCUCUUCCACCUCGAGCAUUAAGUUGUGAAGGUCCUAAUCAUUUCUGGUGCAGAGACACAAAAGCUUGUAUUGACAGUUUACUGGUCUGUGAUCUUGUGGAUGACUGUGGGGAUGGAUCGGAUGAAGAGAACUGUAACCCUGAGCUACAAUGUAACUUUGAAAAUGGGCUGUGCAAUUGGGAGCAGGAUGUUGAGGAUGACUUAGACUGGAUCAGGAUAGAGGGUCCAACCCCCACAGUUAAUACCGGCCCAUUGAAGGAUCACACUACAGGCACAGCCAGGGGACACUACCUCUACGUAGAAUCCUCCAAGCCACACCAAUUCCAAGAUAAAGCAAUUUUGCUUAGUCCUAUUUUCAACCCUCCUGGCAAUGAAACCUGCAUUUUCAACUUUCAUUAUCAUAUGUUUGGAAAGCAAGUUUACAAGCUGUCAGUCUUGCAGAGAAGUGUGAGUAACAUAAAUGGAUGGCUGUUGUGGUACAAGUUUGGAAAUCAAGGAAACAGAUGGAUCAGACAGACACUUCACAUCAGAAGCUCUAAACCAUUUCAGAUUUUGGUGAAAGGUACCAUAGGAGAUGGUUUCACUGGAGAUAUCGGACUUGAUGACUUGUCUUUUCUAGGUUGUACUCUAUACAAUGGAAACUUGCCAACAAUCUCUACAACUACUUCAGCAACUUCAGUUCCUGUCACCCUCCCUGUGAACAACUGCACAGAGAAGGAAUUUGUCUGUAGAACCUCUGGCCAUUGCAUCCAGAUGACCCAGAAGUGUGAUUUUAGACCUGACUGCUCUGAUCAGUCUGAUGAAUCAGCUUGUGUUAUGGAAGUCUGUGACUUUGAAGAUACAAACCACUGUGGAUGGUAUCAACCGACCUUGAGACAGAUGUCAAGAAAUGAUUCUAUCCAUACCACAAACAUAUUCAAGUGGGAACUUGGAAGAGGGGCAAAUCUCCACCCCGAGGAAGAAAAACACUGCCCAUUAAUUGAUCAUACUACGAGUACUGAAGCAGGCUGGUAUCUGUUCACAGACAGCUCGAAUGGAGAAUUUGGUCACACAGCUGACAUUGCUACCCCAGUCAUCUCCCUUACAGGGCCCAAAUGCAAAAUUGUAUUCUGGAACUACAUGAAUGGUACAACAAUAGGUUCUCUGGAGGUACUCUGUAAAACCAGUAACAAGACUUCUAAGCUGUGGACUCAAAGUGGUAACCAAGGUCCCCAAUGGAACAGAGCAGAAGUGUUCUUAGGAAUUCGUUCAAAUUUUCAGAUUGUUCUCAGGGCAAAACGUGGUGUCAGUUACAUGGGAGAUGUGGCAGUGGAUGAUAUUACCUUCGAAGAUUGUUCCCCUUUGCUCAUCUCAGGCAGACCUUGCACAUCAGAGGAAUUCACAUGUGCCAACAAGCACUGCAUCCCAAAGGAUAAUCUGUGUGAUUUUGUAAAUGACUGUGCAGAUAACUCAGAUGAGAGCCCUACUGUUUGCAGUAAAUCUUUUGCGCAUUGCAAUUUUGAGUUUGAUCUUUGUGGAUGGAAGCAAGAUGAAAAUGAUGAUUUUGACUGGAACCUCAGAACCAGCACUUCUGCAAAAUUGAGCACCGGACCAGCCACUGAUCAUACAUUGCAAGAGCCAUCUGGUCAUUAUAUUUUUAUAAAGAGUUCAUUUCUUCAGCUACCAGGACACAAAGCCAGGAUUUCUAGUCCUGUCCUAAGCAGAAAGAAUAGAAACUGCAAGAUGAUUUUCUAUUACCAUAUGUAUGGAGAUAACAUUGGAUCAUUGAUUGUCUACCAGAGGACUAGGUUGGAACAUGAAAAAGUUCUCCUUAAUCUUACUGGAAACCAGGGAAAUUUCUGGCAGAGCAAGACACUUAUCCUGACUGGAGAUAGAGAAGAAGAUUUCCAAGUUGUCUUUGAAGGGAUAGCUGGAAAAGGUCCUAAAGGUGGCAUAGCCCUUGAUGACCUCAUAUUUUCCAGGGAUUGCUUACCAUUCCAGGAGUUUUUACCUGCAGAACCCACAGUGCUGCCUCCAACAGGCUCCUGUUCAUAUGGCUAUUUGCAAUGUCAGAAUGGCAAGUGUUACAGACCAGAACAAAGCUGUGAUUUUGAAGACAACUGCGGGGAUAAUACAGAUGAGAGUGAAUGUGGAACUUCUUGCACCUUUGAGAAUGGCAGAUGCGGCUGGCAAAAUUCCCUGGCGGACAAUUUUAACUGGGUGCUAGGGGUCAGCUCACCUCAAAGUCUUAGACCUCCUGGGGACCACACAUUUGGAAAUAGAACUGGACAUUUCCUGUAUCUUGAGACCACUGCAAUAAGCCUAAAAAAUGAAAAAGCCCAUGUGAAGAGUUCCCAAUGGAAAGAAUCAAGUGGGACUUGUGUGCUGAGCUUCUGGUACUUCAAGCCAUCAAAAGCCAUGGGACAUAUUCAGGUUCUGAUUAAGACUGAUGCUGGAAUUGUGAAAAUAUGGGGUGAAUCAGGAAGUCAUGGUGACAAGUGGAAUAAAGUCGAGUUACACUUGGGGAAACUGAGGAAUUUUGAAGUUGUCUUUGAAGGCAUUCGUACCAGAGACCUUAGAGGAGGAGCAGCAAUAGAUGACAUAGAGUUCAACAACUGCACUACAAUUGGACAUAAUCCCAGGGAAUGCCCUGCCAUCACUGAUUUCAUCUGUGGGAAUGAGAAUUGCAUAGAGUCUCAGUUCGUCUGCGACUAUAAACCAGAUUGUGAAGACCUAUCAGAUGAAGCUGACUGCAGUUACUACACAAGCAUUCCUGGAAGCUGCAACUUUGAAACACAAGAUCAAGAAUGGACCACUGCAUGUGGAUUAACACAAGACCCUAAUGAUGAUUUUGACUGGAAUAUUAGCAACAGUGUUGUCCCUGGGCAAAUGGAUCUUGAUGCUGACCAUACACCAGGUAAAGGACAACAUUUUUUGUAUGUAAAUUCGUCUGCCCAGAAGGAAGGAAACAGAGCAAGAAUAAUUACUACCAAACUCUUCCCAGCUAGCCUUGGGGUCUGUAGGGUCCGAUUCUGGUUCUGGAUGUUUGCUUCUAGACAAACAGGAGUCUUAAAGGUAUACGCAGCUGAAGAACAUGGAAUGGAUAUUCUUAUGUGGUCUUCUACCAGAAAUGAAGAAAACAAAUGGAUGUAUGCAAAUGUAGUCCUUUCCAGUAACAGCCCUUUCAGAGCUGUCUUCGAGGCUGAAGUGGGCUGGAGUCAACCCACCGAAUUUGCUCUUGAUGAUAUUUCUUUCACCCCAGAAUGCAUUGAUGGAGGACCUGCUGAUCCACACCCUCCAACUUGUAGCAGUGACCAGUUUACAUGUGCAUAUGUGCAGCAGUGUUUGCCCCUUGCUGCAAAAUGCAAUGGGGCUGAAGAUUGCAUGGAUGGAAGUGAUGAAAUUAACUGUCCCAUGGAGACACCUACUGCCACUUCUCCGGGUUCCUGCAAGCAAACAGAGUUCCUGUGUCAUUCCGAAGGGUGUAUCCCAUCCCUCCUGAGAUGUGAUGGUGUGCCUGACUGCCACCUUAAUGAAGAUGAAGUUGGCUGCCCCAUUAAAGAUUGUUUCAAUGGUUCUUUGUUAUGUGCCUCAACUAAUCAAUGCAUAGCAAUCUUCCAGCGUUGUGAUGGCAUUGCAGACUGCAUUGAUUUCAGCAUUGAUGAGUCCAGCUGCUCAGUUUGUCCUGAAGAAUACUGCAAAAAUGGAGGAAAAUGCAUCAUCAAAGACGACAUUCCCUUAUGCCAAUGUGGAAAAGAAUGGAAAGGAAACCGUUGCCAGAUAAGUUCUAAACCUCUUCAGCCUCCAUCUUCAAGUCUUCUUCGAAAUGAUAUUUGGAUUGGGUUGGGUAUCAGUUUCUUGCUGAUUAAAAUUACAGCUGCUGCCUUGUAUUUCCUUUCAAAGAAGAAAGAGCCAGAAACGAAACUGGAGGAAACCACUAAUGCUUCGUUUGCCAACCCAUUGUAUGCAGACUUUAGUUCAUCUGGGAAAACAACGUCUCCUGUGCAUGCCAUCUCACCUACUGUUCAAAUCAGUGUUUCCCCAUGGCAUGAGCAUCCUUUUAAUGAAGAUGCAAAUGCUAUUUCUUUUCCAAAUCCCCUUUAUGGUGAAGCAUCUGAAGAUAUGGAAAAAUUAUGCAAUUCCUUGAAAACAGACAUAAAACAGGAUCAAUAUUGCGUGUAAUUAUUUUUCUGAAGAUUUGUUCUAAAAUCCAACAGUAUGUAGUGGUUCUACAGCAUUUGCAAUAUGAAUGAAUAACUCUUCACAGAAUAACUUUUCUAUUACAAUAAUUAUGUUCAGAAAGUAACUUUUUAUUAAAAAUGGAAUCCAUAUACAAGUAAAACAUACAGUCCGCUAUAAUUUCUCUUGGUGCAGAAAGGGAUUGGUAACUAUACUAUGAAUUCAUUUUACAUUUAUACAGUUCAAAUUCCAGUAUGUUAAUAAAAUGUUUAAACAAAUACAGAUUCUGGAGUUUUGGGAAUCAUAAUUUUAUGACAAUUAUUUGGGAAAUAAUGACUUAAAUAUUUCUGUAAUUUUGCAUUGGAAAGGAACUUUAAAUAGCUAUUUUAGUGUUCAAAGGGACAGAAGCAAAAGAAAAGUCUUUGUAUAAUUAGAAACAUAUCAAGCUAAACCAAAGCUGGUCAUGAAUCAUGGAUUUUCGUAUCAGUUCAGCACGUGGUUCAUCAAUGUGACAUGCUGGUAUGCACACUUAUUUUAAAAAAAAAUAUCUUUAUUGUUAACCUUGAUAGCCUUAUCUGACCAAAUUCCCUUCUGAUCAGCUCUACAGUGCUUACCACAGUACUAAUGAUAAAUUUAGCUUAGUGGUUGACAGAGGGUGGAAACUAGCAUGUUCAGGAAACCAUAUUUCUGCUGAAUAUGUUGGCCUCCCACACAGCUGAAACUUAUGUUGUCCCAUGCUUACAUGAGAAAGACAUUAGGGAGGAAUUCUGGAUUUCCUCCUGAUUUUGAGGGUCAUCCUCUGUGAUAGAAGACAUAGCUCGUAAUAGUGUCUACACUUUAAAUAACCUGACAAUAUGUCAUCUUUCAUAAUGCUCACUUGAAUUACACAGUGGUCAGUUUUAGCUUGAAGGUUUAAGUGUUCCUGCUGUGCUUGUGUUUUCCUCACUUACUGUAUUUCUAGAGCCUACUUAAUUUUAAACUUAUUGGCAAGUUUCAAAGAUACUGAACUCCUACAGAUUUCAUAAAAACAGACAACUUGAUAAUAGACAGUAUCUCUGUUGAUACCUUCAUUUAGGGAAAGUUGAAAUGCUUCAAAUUCUGUAGACUUUUGUGACUCCAGGCAGAAGAGCACACCAAAACCUGGCUUCAUUCCAUCAUGCAUGGGACUGCUUGUUUUGUGUGUUGUUUAAUAUUUUCUUUCACCUUUUCUUAAUAGCUUAACAGUCAUGAAUAGCUCUCUACCUGGGGCUACAGAACUACUUUUCGAUUUAGGUUUUCUUAGCUGACUGGCAUGUUGUUUGAUAGGUAGCAGAAGUAACAAGGCAUGAUUCCCAAAGAUGUUUGCUCAUCAUUCUUUCCAUACUUUUCCAGAAAUAUGAUCAUAAAUGCCUCUCUGCUGCAUUGUAAAACCUAAUAUUUCUCCUCCCCAUCUCUUCUGUAAUCCACUGUAGUGUCCUCAGUUCUUCCCCAGGCUCUGUAGCCCACCCAAAAAACUGUGUCUCCUGAACUUGUUUCCCUGAUGUUUCCCUAAUACAAACUGAAAAAGCAGCAUCAAUCCCCACCUGGCCCAGAGUGACAUGUGCUGACCAGCUGCUGUACAUCUGGCUGGUUGGCAGUACAGGUAACAAAGUCACACUGCAAUUUCUCCUCCUCUGUGCCCUGAAUUCAUACAGCUGUCUCCUGCCCCAUGGCUGCUUUAACGAAGCCACUCAGAGUUUCACGUGUUUUGUACACACACCUGUUUUAAAUGCUGAGCUUAGUUGGAAGUUACCAGAUGUUAUUCAUGGAGGUUUUAAAUAAGAAACUGUGACAGGAGGAUCACACAUGUUGUUUUCUUUCUGAAAGAAGAUAAGCAAGACAGAAACAUGGAAUUUGCUUACUACAAUUGUUAAGCUGAAACACAGAGAUUACACUUGAUCCAGCAAAGUGCCAAGUGCCUCCAAUUCCUGAACUCUGGUAUUUUGAUAAAUCUGUGUGAGGUGAUUGAUCUCCACAUUAUAAACAGGCAUUGAACAUUCCUACAAGGUCAAGCCCAUAUACUCAAAUCCUAAUUUAUUCUGCAAUAGACUAGCACUGCUUUCAGAAUUUCAUUAAACACUAAAAUGCUGGUUAUGCUAUAGUCCUUACAUCUCCCGUCAUUGUGUCACACUAUGUAUAACGUAUCUUUAAAAAACUACAAUAAUGAAAAAGAUAAAAUUAAUAAUGGUAGAAUUUUAUCACACUCUCCCUUAUGAAACAAAACAUAUUCAUUUUACUGUUAGCAUUACUCAUAAUUUAAUGUCCUAAAUAGACGCAUAUGACUAUAAAGAAUUAUUGUAAAGUAACUCAAAGAAUAUAAUAUUUCUCAUCUGUAGCUAUUUACUGAGAGAACUGUGACUCUUCUGGAUUAUCUCUGAAGCAAGACAAGCCUUUCACCAAAAUAAUUUUCCAUUUUUAUAAUUGAUAGAAUGUUUUUAAACCAAGUGUUAACAUUCAGACAUUUUAUUGAGCUGGUCAAGUAUAAGGAAAUGUUUAUGCAACAGGACAAAGUCAGAAAAAGUUAUCAGCUAGAGGAAAAGGUUAGUAGUCUACUUUUCCAAUGAAAAUGUGAGUCUCUGAGGCAAGUCAGCAAGACACACUCAAUUGGGUUAAAUGGGUUUAAAAGGAAGAAAUAAGCACAAAUUAUUCACGGGAAUUCUUUAAUCUUGUGUGUAAUUAUGUGAUCAUUUCCAUUUUACUGAUCGUAACAGGAGGAAAAACUUAAUUUGCACUAAGCACAAUGACUAACACACAACUGUGGAGGGGGAAAAAAAAAAAAGUAAAAGUAAUAAUCUAUUGCUUUAAUAUUUUCAGCAUAUUUUGAAAGUUUGGGCUGCCAAAUCUAAAUAAUGUAACCGUAAUUAUAUGUAUUUUUUUUUUCCCCUCAAAAGAAAGCCAUUUUCAUUUUGAUCUUCAUUGUAGUCUUUAAUUUUGAGUCCUACUUCUUCAAAUCACUCAUUUUUUUCAACCACUUCAUGCAGGUCAUAAAACAGUGUAAUUCUCUGACAGGUGUUUUACAAUAUAUAUGGUAUGUGAAUCUGUAAGGAUUUAGUCUGCAUUAUUACUGUUUUGGUAUCUAAGGUUUAGAAUAAAAGUGACUGAACAGGAAGGUAUAGUUAUGUCAGAAACAUGCUGUAUCAACAGAAUUAACAACAAUCUAUUUGGUAUUCACAUGUUAUCAAGAAAUGGACGUUAAUAAGCACUUAAUUACAGUUGGUCUCUGAUGAAACUCUGUAUUAAAGCUACUUUAGUAGUUAAAGUAUUCAACAUGAUUCAGGUAAAGUGUUGUUUCUUUUUGUAAAAAGGGGCUCUAAAAUCUGCCCAUUUUACUAGCUUUGUGAACCUUCUAUUGAAGAUCUGUCUCUCACAUGCGACAGUUUUGAAAGGCAGCAUUGACACAUUUGGAUUUACUCUCAUUUUAAUUUCCUGUUUAUAUGCCUUUGUAUUUCACUUUAACUUUUCUACCAAACAUGGGAAACCCUGUUCAGUUCAAUUUCAACAAAACUGUCUUGGAAUAUAUAUGGGGAAGCACAGUGACAGGCAAGGGAGAUAAUUAAU